AUGUCUGGCGACAUCUACACCGGAUUUUGGAUCAAUCGGGGUCAGAACCCCGUCUUAGGUUUCACCUUGACUUUAAGCGUCAACCAUGCGAAUUUCCUUACCUCAUUCCUUUCCUUCAUCGUCACCACAAUCAUCGUAAAUAGCCUAUUCAAGAUCGUCGUCUUCGUUUUGCAUUUUUCCAGACCCACCAGGACAACAGAAAACAGCCUUACCAGCCAAGUUUACGUUUCUCUACUCAACGCCUCUUCAGUCUCCUUACCACCUUUAUCACUUCUUAGAUCCCUUGUUUCGACAGGUCACGGAAGCCGACACAAACUCACCGCCAACCUCUUGCUUGUCCCUCUGUGGAUGCUAAUCGCUAUCAAAAUCGGAGGCAGUGCAAUCCCCCCCUUGAUUGUUUCUAGCUCGGAUGACGCUGUAGCACUCGCAAAGCCGGCAACCUGUGGCUUCGUCUCGAUCGACCCGCGAGUCGAUUCUAGAAAUGCAUUUUCUUCCCGGUGGGAGCUCUACGAGACGAGCGAUGCAAGAAAAUACGCAUCGGAACGGUAUUCCAAAGAACCUGCUCGAUUCGACACACAAUCAUCGUUCGUUACUGAUGCACUGCCCUUUAAAGUAAUUCAGAACACAACUUGCCCCUUCGAGGAGAGGAUGUGCCUGCUGGGAGCAAACUCGGCCAUUACAUUCGAUACUGAGCUGUUGAACUCGCAUACGCACCUUGGUAUUAAUGCCCCUUCUAAAGACCGCGUCGAGUACCGUUGGCGUUCCUCAUGCGCUGUUCUGAACGUCACUAGCAAGGUCCGUGUGUUUAGGGACACGACGUAUAAUGAUGUCCCCAUCUCGGCUGAGGAGCCGCUGGUGGAAGUCGACUUGGGACCCAUCAAUUCAGGCCCAUCCUCAGCUUUAAGUCCAAACCACACUUUUCUCUACAGGGUUCGCGGUUUGGAACCAUCGAAUUAUGAAGUAAAAUCAUUGAUGUCCUCAGAUGUGGUUCCGCCAAUUCUUAACAUUUGGAACCCGAUAGAGGCUCUCCGCGCACGAAAUGCCAGUGUGACAGUGGUGUUCAUUGCACCUCACUCCGUCGCAUACGAGAAAAGGGUUGUUGACCCCGUUUUUCAAGCUUCGAACAGCUCGCGAAAUUCGUUUUCAAAACUAUGGAUGCCCGAUUAUGUCUUUCGCAUUGUAGGUUGUGUCGAUCAGCGUCAGUAUUACAAUCCAAUGAAUAGGUCUUGCACUUCACUUGAUUCACCAGGCGGAGAUUGGUCCGGUCCUUUCGUCAACAAUGGUAUCUCUAAGCAGUUCGCAACUAUAACGCGGUUAGAGGAAUAUACAAGGGAUUUGACAAUCUGGUCCAAUAUUCGGUCCCUGGGGCCUGGUGCACACUCUCUCGUGCCGGAACACACCUAUAAAUCACCAGGCCUUCCGUCCAACCAGUGGCAACUAGAAGCCAGGCGAUGGUUCGAGACCGGCCUCGCCAAGCUCCAGUACAAGGUUGUGCAAUACACCAAUAUGGACUUUGUGAAGCCGUUUGCCGAUAUCCCUCUUCAACAACCCGAGAUCGUGGAUAGUGACUUUGGGAAUAUUACCGAGCUCAAUGAGAUCCUACAAUCCCAAUGCAAGUCGCAGCUUGUCAAACUCAACGGUCGUGGGCAGAACGUGAGUGUCCUCGGUUUGGUCAUAAUACUUGUGUUAGCUACAGUUCUUAUGAUUUUCUCUCUGGGACUACAGUGGUGGGCUGGCAGAGAUCCGCCAAGAGGGGAGAAACGUAAACGAUGGCAGCAGGAACAACUCCUAGCGCUUUGGCAGGCACCACAAGGUGUAAACAAUAAGUAG